CUUUAAAAACAUUUUCAAACAGAAAGCCAAACUUUGAUUUAGACAGAAAUUUUCUCUAGGCUUGUCAGCUGAAUCAGUUCCCCAUUCUUGACCUGAAAUGACAUUUUCUUUCAGCUAAUUUGAGUGUCACAGUCUUCUGGCACAAAGUAUAAAUCGAGCAUUUUCCUUCUCGAGCAUAAGGCCCCUGGCUGUUUGUGUUUCCCAUCCUUCUGCUGACUGUUGGCAUCCGGAGCCCAGCGGCUUGGUCCUCGUGAAAACGAAAGUGCAAUUCUGUAGUAAUCUCUGCAGUGACAGUGACGCUCAUGUCUAUUAUUAGCUCUCAGAGACGAGAACAUGUUAAACCGACAGUUUCUUCUUAGCAAACCUCCCACGUAGACAUUUAAAGAUCUUUCACUCUAUCUUUUAAUACACAUUUCUAACAAACUGGAGACUAACCAUGGCUGUAAAGAGAGUGUGCUAACCAGAGUGUGGCAUCCAACUGUAAGUAUUCAUUGUGGAACUCAGUGCUUAAGAGGAAGUAAUCAGCAGGAGGAGGAAGAAAACAGAACCUGAAAUAAAUCUACUGGUGAAAAGCGUGUGCACCAUCUCCUCUAUGUGUAGUUGGGAGUUACAUCAGACUACAGAAGCACAUCCACACAGGAGGUCUCCCAGGAUGAUUGUGAAAAAAGCAUUAGGAACAUCCCUGAUGGUUAACAAGUCUUUCAACACAAAAUUACGCAUGAACAAUCAAAAAGACGUCAAAAUGUUUCAAAUCUCAGGGGCAAUUUUGAUACUUGGUUUUGUUGCCCUGAUGGCUGUUUACUUCAUGAGAACAUCCAGCAUAGUUGAUCCUAAGGGACAAACUGUCGUCAGCAUUUACCAAGAGGUGGAAGAGGAAGAAGAACUUCAUGGAGACUUCCAGAGAGCCACAAUAACUGAGGAGGGCACCAACAGAUCUAACGAUUCCUGCAGAUUUGAACUUGUGGAAAACGUUCCUUAUGACUUACCUUUUGAGGUAAAUACCACUGCAGCCAAACCCUUGUACCAAGCCUGGAUAAGUCUCCUUGAUAUAGCCCAGGAAAAUAUUCACGUGGCUUCUUAUUAUUGGUCUCUUACUGGGAAAGAUAUCAACGUCAAUGAUUCCUCUUCAGAGCAGGGUGAAGAUAUUCUGAAGAGGUUUGAAAGAUUACUUGCGGAGAAUGUCUCUGUGUACAUUGCAACAAGUAUGCCAACUUUGGCUACGAAUUCAACUGACCUUGAGCUUUUAGAAAAAAAAGGGGCCCAUGUAAAAAAAAUUGAUUUUGAACAUUUGACAGGAGGAGUGCUGCAUAGCAAAUUCUGGAUUGUAGACAUGAAACACAUAUAUAUUGGUAGUGCAAAUAUGGACUGGAGAUCUUUAUCUCAGGUGAAAGAGUUUGGUGCUGUGAUAUACAACUGCAGCUGCUUAGCCAAAGACCUAUGGAAAACAUUUAGUACUUACUGGGAUCUUGGACAUGCUAAUGCUACCAUCCCAUUCCCUUGGCCUCGUAACUAUUCUACCCACAUAAACCACAAUCGGCCUCUGGAAGUAGAAUUUAAUGGGACUUUGACAAAAGCCUACUUUUCUGCUUCUCCUCCUGCAUUUUGUCCAGAAGGCCGCACUCAUGACCUCUUUGCUAUCAUCAGUGUUAUCAGUGCGGCAGAUAAAUUUGUCUAUAUUUCUGUUAUGGAAUAUUUCCCUACCAGCCGUUUUGUUCACCCAAAAAGAUAUUGGCCAACCAUUGACAAUGCUCUGAGACGCGUGGCUUUCAACUACAGAGUACAAAUCCGGCUUCUGGUCAGCUGCUGGACCCACUCUGACCCAGCCAUGCUCCACUACCUGAGGUCCCUGAGUGCUCUCGACAACCCACAUACCCACAUUAGUGUCAACGUGAAACUCUUCAUUGUUCCAGUUUUUAACCACACAAAUAUUCCUUAUGGGAGAGUGAAUCACAACAAAUAUAUGGUCACAGAUAAAGCAGCCUAUAUUGGGACUUCCAAUUGGUCAGAAGAUUACUUCACUAACACAGCUGGCGUGGGACUAAUUAUCAAGCAGAAUUCAACCAACCUGCGAAGAAGGCCUAUCCAGAAACAAUUAAAAGCCCUUUUUGAGCGUGACUGGAAUUCCAAAUAUUCAGUGAAUCUAGAAGAUGUGCAAGGACAGAAAGACUGUAACUGGAGAGACAGACUCUGAAGUGAACUGAAGUAUGCAUUUAAAAUAGAAAGAAAAAUAUAUAUUAAUCUUGUUCCCUGCGCAAAACAAGGAGCAUUCUGUAUUAUGUCUUUGUCAGAGAAAUUUCUUCUUUGUGGUAUCCAUGCUGUCUGAUGAUGUUAGAACUUCUCAUAGUUGAGUCUACCUGCCUACUUAUUAGUCAGCGUGUGACAUUUUCUUUGCUGUAUAUGAUUACCCCAUCUCAGAGUUAAUGAAAUGCAUACAGUAUGAUAAGACAAGCUGUCUGAUACUAAAGCAAACAUGGAAGGCAUAACCAGAUCUGAAUACAUCGGAGAAGCAGGUCGUUAUUGCUGUGCUGUCUUAGGAAGCUAUGUAUUCAACCCUAAUAUUCCACUAACAGUGUUUUCUUACAUGUGUUUAAGCAUUUUAAAAAUAAAGCUCUGGUCACUAUAAGGUUUGGGUACUGCAAGUAAUCACCUACAGCAGCAAGGGAAGAUAUUUAAAAGCAUUUUGGCAUUAGAGGUACAAGGAAGCACCUGUAUUUAAAUGUUGAGGCUAAUCACUGGAGUUAAAUACCCAGGAUUUAAAUCUUGGGAUCAGCUUCCAGCUCAGCUGCCCUGAACUGUGUGUCUGGUAUGCUUGGAUAUCUGUGCAUUGGCCUCCUGUAGCAAGCAAGAUGGGGGCCAAGUUGUGAUGAGAGGUGGAGCUGAACUAGGACUGAGAUUCCUUGAACUGUUUUAUCCAUCACUGCAAGCCACUGUUUGUCGUUAAUAAGGCAUAUUUUUUAAGACAUGUAGUUAUAUCUACUGAUCACACUGUAUAUCCACAUACAUGUUAACAUACUGAGGAGAUACAGUUGCUUGCAAUGCUCUCCUCUCCCAUUUCUUUUCUAGAAUCUGCUUAAAAUUUUGAGAUUUCCAUUCACUAAUUAAAAUUUCUUGCACAGU